AACGGCUCAUGUGCUAUUUAAAAAUAGGUAAUGUUAAAAAUGCGUGGGGAUGAUGUAAAAGUAGUGGGGUUCGGGCCGGAGACAACUGAGACCGGCGCCUCUGACGUUUCUACGACCUUGUUUCGUCCUUCCCAUUCGAGUGUUGUGGUAGUGAUAGUGCCCGAUGGCCCAUUCAUUCACGAAACACUUGAUUUGGGGCGACGCAAAUAUUUGUCAACUUGGAUAAACACUACCUACACAGAGGGUCCCCCGUAUUAGAUGACCACUGGUCCAGAAAAGUGUGGCUUGAGUUCGUUGCUACCAAUGUCCUGUCGUGAACGCGCUGAGGCUUUUGCACGUCAUUUACAUUCUCGUUUAACGUCGCUGGAAUCUGAAGAUGGACACGACAAAAGCGAGAACAGUUGGCUAACAGCUCGCGAAAACUCCCUCACUGUUUCCCAACCCAAAUCGAUCGAAAAUAAUUUAUACCUAGACAUCGAAUCCCCCCAAAGCCCCACCGAGGAACUAGACAGAACCGAAAUCGAAAAAAUUAUCAACAAGGAAAAUCUCUACUACAACUCCAAUUGGCAGUGCCCCACUUUCAACGAAAACAGUCUUGCGGACAACACGCAGACUGACAACGACAGUGACGGCUCGUUUUACGACAGUGUAACCGACCUAAACCCCCCGAACGAAAGCGAGCAAACACUAAACGAAGAAGCAAACGAACUUGUUAAUGGUAGGGAAGGUGGCUCGAGUUCGAGCAACGUCCAGGAGGAAACCCUAGACUGUCAAGCGCUUGACAAUGAAUUAGAUAAAGUAAUUGAUAUUAAUUGGAGUCCGUCGCCGAAAUCACGUGAGACUGAACCUGUGGCUGUUAGAAACGAAUUGUAUAAAGAAAAUUUUGCCAAGAUACCACUGCUAGUAACGCCAACUGAGUCAAACCAAUCUGCACUAAACGACCAAAAUGACGAUGACCUCGAAACCGAGGAGAAAACUCCCCGUGUCAGGAGAUGCUCCUCUCUGAAGACGGGGAAAACCCCACCUGGCACCCCUUACCGGAAAAAAAUCGUGCGGUUUGCGGACGUCUUAGGGCUCGAUUUGGCCGACAUUCGGACGUUUCUUGACGAAAUCCCGAAAAUUCCCACCUCGGCUUAUAACGAUUUACAGGACGUGGACCUCAAACUAGCGCCUUUACCUCUUAGUUUCUGUCCAACUGUUGUGGACAAAAUCCUAAUUCCGUUGUUCCAACAGCCCGGGAUUUUGCCCGACUUUAUAGACCGUCUCAGAGAAAACCAAGUCUGUCUAGAUAGUGCAGUCGUUCAGGACCCCAUUUCCCUGUCCAUCAGCGGCAUAGUCCGAGUCAAAAACCUGGAUUUUCACAAGUCGGUGCAUAUCAGAUACACGUUAGACUCGUGGCAGAGUUUUGCGGACGUUCCGGCGGUGUAUGUGGAAAAUUCGUGUGACGGUUUUUCCGACAAGUUUUCCUUCCUUUUUUACGCUCAUAAUCUGACCGUGGGCCAGACUUUGGAGUUUGCGGUGCGGUUCCAGUGCAAGGGGUGCCAGUAUUGGGAUAACAAUUACGGGAAAAAUUAUUGCUUCCAGUGUUUGCCGGCGACUAAUGCACCGACCGGCACAGGCACCGAAGACUGGUCUACUGAUUUUUACUAAUAGUGUUUUAAAUGUUUCAAGGCAAUAGGAUGUUACAAGUAUUUUAUUCGUGGAAUUUUGUAAUAACAUAAAGUAUUGAUAAGUAUUGACUGCACUAGAGGCAUACAUCACUUGUUUAUUGUUUUUAUGGUCAUUUAACAAAUCGCUACAUGUCCAGUAUUUGCAGGUAAAAGGUACUAAACAUGUUAUUAAAUAAAAAAAUUUAAUGAUGGCGACGAAUUGGGUUGCAAUUUGGGCAAAACUUUUGGCUCUUUUGGAAAUUGGUGGUUUUUAUAUUAAGAUUUCAAUUUGAUGGCUCUCUGAAAUAUACAAAUUUUUAUUUUUUUACACUACACAUGUACGCGCCUUAUGUUGGUAAAUUUGUGUUAAAUUGUUUAAUGUAUGUACAAAUUAUAUUUGUGAAUAUUUUAAUAAAUCUAUUGUAGUUUUAUUAUCAUGUAAAUAUCAGAUGUAAAAUAAAAGGUUUUAAUUCUUUAA